AUGUUUCUCGAGAUAAGAAGGAUCUCUCACAUCGUGGUCGUGGACAACGCCAAAGACCCCAAGAAGAGUAAACCGUGGUUGAUAGUCACCAUCGUUCUCAGCAGCAUCAGUAUUUUCUUCGGCCUCCUUGCAAUCGUACUCCGUAUCAUGGCACGGAGGCAGCGCGCCAAAGAAGCGGCAAAUGUCGAUGGGGAAGUCCCCUCGGAAGAAGAUGCCGCCAAUUCUGACCCUUCAGGCCUCAAUCCGCCGACGAAGAAAGAACACCCAUAUUACAACAGCAACGGGUACGAGGCGACCCCAGAUCAGAACCAGACUCUGCUCGGCAAUGACGAAAGGGCUCCGGUCACGCGUUGGGACAAUGACUUCGAGGCGGUCCAGCGACCCGAGAGCAUAGCUAGCUCCUACAACAAUGCGCCGCCGCCUCGGUACGAAUAG